AUGGCCUGCUUAAGAAUAUGCGCUUUUCUGGUGCCGAUCCUGGCCGUCUUGGGGCCAAUUGGGCUGAGCGCCGUGGUCGACGGCAAGUUUUGGGACCUUUUCCCGGCCUGGGAUGUGAAAGACAUGCCUGAGCUGUCAGGGAAAGUCGCCAUUGUCACAGGACCGACUGUCCGGGGCAUCGGCUUCGAGUCAGCAGUGGAGAUGGCCAGGAAGGGCGCGCAGGUGAUCCUGGCCGGGCGCAGCGAAGGCAAGGGCGCAGAGGCCAUGAAGGAACUCAUGGGACGAGUUCCAAAUGCCAAGGCUGAAUUCAUGAAGCUGGACCUGGGCAGCCUGCAGAGCGUGAAGGAUUUCGCGACGCAAUUCCUCGCCAAGAAUCUCCCUUUGCACGUCUUGAUGAACAGCGCCGGAGUCAUGGCCAACCCUUUCGAGCUGACGGUGGACGGAUACGAGAGCCAGUUUGCCACCAACCACUUGGGCCAUUUUCUGCUCACCAAGCUUUUGCUGCCCAAGCUGGAGGCCUCUAUGCCCUCCCGCGUAGUGACGGUCAGCUCGGCGGCGGCCUUCAUCCCCGAGAUGUUGGCGAAGAUGGAGUUCACUGGGCUGGUGGAUUCUGCACCCUCGGUGGACUUUGAGCACCUAGGGGAGGACUACAAAGAUUCCUACAGCCCCUUCAAGGCCUAUGGCCGGUCCAAGCUGGCCAACGUAUUGUUCACCCGCGCGCUGGCGCGGCGGUUGAAGGACAAGCAGAUCUUCGCGAACGUGUGCCACCCCGGCGGCAUCCACACCAACCUAGCGAAGCACGUGCUGAAAGAAUCUGAGCAGAGCUUUGGACAAAUGGCGUCCGUCUUCCAGAGCAAUCUGCAGGAGCUGAUUUUCCUCUCGCCACUGAGGGGUGCCGUGACCCAACUCUACUUGGCAACCUCCCCUGAGAUCGAGAGCCAGAACAUCCGCGGCCAGUACUAUCGGCCCCAAGCCAUGUCCGGCGAUUCCCCCAAAUUUUCCACGGAGGAGCUGGAGGAAAAGCUGUGGGCCCUGUCUGAGAAGCUUGUGGCCAAGUACCUGUGCCAGAGCCAUGUGAAGCCUCAGGUGUCGCAGCACUUUAUCUUCGCGCAGUCUGAGCCCAGACUGUUCUUGAGCCUUUGCAAUCAGGACUCCGCGGCCACCUCGCGCAUCCUGGGCAACACAUCCGGAGUCGUGGGCUUGCUGAGCCUUCUCGUGAACCAAGCUGGCGGAAGGCUAUCUGAUUGCAUAGGCCGAAAGCCUGGAUUCCUGAUCGGGCCUCUGAGCAACAUCGUGCUGGGCCUGCUGGUCUUUCGAAACCCCUGGAACCGAACCCUCGUCACGGUGUGCCGCGUCCUUCGUGUGAUAUUGACCACCUUCUCCAACACGGUCAUGUGUACUGCUGCAUUGGCGGAUGUUUGCUCCAGCAGCGAACUUGCCCUGGCCAUGUCAAAGGUGCAGGCUGCAACUGGUAUGGCAAUGCUGCUCACGCCGUUCAUUGAGGGUAGGAUUCUCAACAUCUCCCCAUGGUCGCCAAAGGGCAUCAGGUAUGUAUAUGCUGCCAUGGCCGCUAUUGCUGCGACCCAUGCAGCCUUCGUGGCGACACAGCUGGAGGAGACCUUAGACGUUGCCAAGCGAUCUACUGCCCCACUGAGCUUGGCAAUGAUCAAUCCGCUGGGAUUUGUGCGAGUAUUCACGGAAGGGACCAAGGCUCUCCGGAAGCUAGUCGUCAUCACCACGUUGCAGAUGUUCUUGGAGGGCAAAAAUCUGAGUGAUGCGAUCCAGACUUGGAUCCGCGAUAAGCUGCAGUGGUCCGUGAAUCAGGUGAGGAAUUUUAUGGUUGGGUAUGGACUUCUUUGCACGAUAACUGGCAUGUCAGCCACCCCCUGGAUGCUGAAAAACCUGAGUCCAAGAGGAUUCACCACCACGACCAAUCUGCUGAACCUGUUGGGCUUCAGCUUGCGCGGCUUGGCGCCCCGCUCCUGGCUCUUUCUGGCAGCCAUGGUCCCCAUGCUGCCAGGAGUCAACGGGGCCAGCGCAACAGCACUGAAGGCAGUUGCCCAAGACCUGGCCACCAAAGAGGGAUUUGGCAAAGGCGAGUUCUCAGCUUGGGUGAACAACUUGAGAGCUGUCGCUGGGGCUGUUGCUCCCGUGAUGUACGGACAGGUGUAUGCUGCACUGGAGAAUCAAGGCCGAAAUCCUGGAUUCACCUUUACCUUGGCUGGCCUGGUUGGCUCUCUUCUACCUCAGGCACUGCUGACCCAGCUGAGCAACAGUGAGAUGAUAGCCUGA